CUGAGCGAACCUUUAGAACUCUGAGACAGACAAUAUUCUGUUACAUUGUAGCAAAAUGGCGACUGUCAUUCACAACCCCCUGAAAGCGCUUGGGGACCAGUUCUACAAGGAAGCCAUUGAGCACUGUCGGAGCUACAACUCGAGGCUGUGUGCAGAGCGGAGCGUGAGGCUCCCCUUCCUGGACUCGCAGACUGGGGUGGCUCAGAACAACUGCUACAUCUGGAUGGAGAAGAGGCACCGAGGCCCAGGCCUUGCCCCGGGCCAGCUGUACACUUACCCCGCCCGCUGCUGGCGUAAGAAGCGACGAUUGCACCCCCCAGAGGACCCAAAGCUGCGACUCCUGGAGAUAAAACCGGAAGUAGAACUGCCCCUGAAGAAAGAUGGAUUUACCUCUGAGAGCACCACACUGGAAGCCUUGCUUCGUGGUGAGGGAGUGGAGAAGAAGGUGGAUGCCAGAGAAGAGGAGAGCAUCCAGGAGAUACAGAGGGUUUUGGAAAAUGAUGAAAAUGUAGAAGAAGGGAAUGAAGAGGAGGACUUGGAAGAAGAUAUUCCCAAGCGCAAGAACAGGACCAGAGGACGGGCUCGUGGCUCUGCAGGCGGCAGGAGGAGGCAUGAUGCAGCCUCUCAGGAAGACCAUGACAAACCCUACGUCUGUGACAUCUGUGGCAAGCGCUACAAGAACCGGCCGGGACUCAGCUACCACUAUGCUCACACUCACCUGGCCAGCGAGGAGGGAGAUGAAGCCCAAGACCAGGAGACCCGAUCCCCACCCAACCACAGAAACGAGAACCACAGACCCCAGAAAGGACCAGACGGGACAGUCAUUCCUAAUAACUACUGUGACUUCUGCUUGGGGGGCUCCAACAUGAACAAGAAGAGUGGAAGGCCCGAAGAGCUGGUGUCCUGUGCAGACUGUGGACGCUCUGGUCACCCAACUUGCCUGCAGUUCACUCUGAAUAUGACUGAGGCAGUUAAGACCUACAAGUGGCAGUGCAUAGAAUGCAAAUCCUGUAUCCUGUGUGGGACCUCGGAGAAUGAUGACCAGCUACUCUUCUGUGAUGACUGCGAUCGAGGCUAUCACAUGUACUGUUUAAAUCCCCCAGUGGCUGAGCCCCCAGAAGGAAGCUGGAGCUGCCAUUUAUGCUGGGAGCUGCUCAAAGAGAAAGCAUCAGCCUUUGGCUGCCAGGCCUAGGGCCCCAAUCACGGAAUGCAGCCCGCCACUAGAGAGGCUGACCCGAAGCCCUAUUCAACCCAUACAGGAUGGAGGUCUCCUCCUGUAUGUGCACACAGACCAACUGCAAGGAAAACGGAUAAUUACAGAAGGGUAUGGACAAGUGGAGCGGAGAGAGCAAGGUCUCCAUUCACCCCUCGCCCUACCCGCGACCUCCCGCCCCCGCACAUACUUCAGCCAGUGCUUCCUCAUUUCUGCCAGAGGGAACCUGGCAUAUUUGAAGAGCAAUCCAGCCCCUGCUCUGUGGAACCUUUCUCAUGUUCACCUUCACAUGCAUCCCUCUCGUUGCUUCCCAUUUUGGAGGAAGCCAUUUUGUGACUGCUCAUCAACCACUUGCGUGUUGCUUUAGUGGGGUUCUUGUUUUGUUUCGUUUUCUUCUAUUGCGCUUCAAGAACUGAUCACGCAGGGUUCUCACCCUUAGUUUCGGCUCUUCAUCCUAAAACUAUCACAGAGGAACAAAAUGCUGUGGGUGGAGCUCGUGUUCAUCACUAGUCUCACCGGAAACACCUAUGGUCGGAGGCCAUCUUGAAGACGGAACUUGGAAAUGUCUUGCUUUCCACAGUCUCUGCUAAGAAGAGGAGCUGUAGUUUUCGAGCCUUGACGGUAGCAUCCACCACUGCGAUGGUCUUGAUCCACUGCACUGCCACUCGAUGGGGGCUUCAGAGGGCCUGGGAGAUGGGAGGAAAACUUGGGGCCCCGCUAUAACCAGUCAGUAUUUGCUGUUCCUCAAGAGGGACUUUUCGAGGGACCAGGUGGUUCCUUGACCUUCAGAACUGUGGUGUCCUUGAGGUGAGACAACACAGUCUCUAAACACAGAAUCCUGACCCCAGCCGAAUUGAGAGUGAAGGUCUCUGGGAGUGGGACUCGGUCUUUGGAGACGUGGGCAAACGGUGCCCAUUCACAGUGUCGGAACGAGGAGACUGUACGUAGCUUUGAGAAACCCUCCAGUAUUGGUGCUACACUAAGGAUUUCUUUUCUGGGCAAUUUCUUCCUUCCAUGUAUUAUUUGCCAGUGACCACUGAGAUGUGACUGGAACUUUUAGGACGGAGGAGAGAUGAACAUUACUUAACCAGAUCAUUGGGCACAGUGAUUACUUGUGACUGGGUGGCAAUGAUUCAGAACCCUAGUCUGUUCUUGCACCCCGAGCUCCCCCAUACCGGAUAGGCUCUUGUCUGAAGUAAAGUUUCUAGAAGAAAGAUGUAGGAAGGCCUAGAUUCCGAGAACUCUGUGUGUCAGAAGAGAGCCUUGAGCGGCCUGGGCUGUCUUUGAAUCACAGCAACAGCAUGGAAACUGACACAUUUCUGGAAAAAUCAUUUGCCCAAAGGGCAGGUCUCUAUGAGCAGGACCCUUGCGCAUGCUCCGCUUCCCUGGAAUCAGCUCCAUCGCUGUGGUCCAGCAGCUUGCAACAAAGGCCUGGGUUAUUUUUAGUCUUCAGCUCCUGAAGAAGCCCCUGGAGACCUGGGCUAGCUGGGCCCCUCUGCCCAGCUGCAGCAUGGCCUCUGCCACUCCGCAGGAGUCGUCCUCCCCCUGGCUAAUUGCUCUUGGCAUGUGGACCAGGGCAGCCUGGCAAGGAACCAAGCAGUGUGUCCCUCCCCCGCAACUUCUUUGCAGAGUGACCUGUGGCAAGAGAGUGGGGGUCACUCUCCUGCAGGCCCUGUGGCCUCAGAGCUAGUUCCAUGCAUACGAAAUGAUCUCAUUUAAAGGGCCCCUGUCCAGAGAGCAUCUCUCUCCUCCUCUCAAGCUCUCUUCUUCCUCCUGCUGGUUGCUGUGCCUGUGUGGAUUCAAAAGCACCCGGAAGGGCUUGAGGGAUGGCCCAUCUCCUCAGAGGGGUACUUCCCUCUCCAGACUCGGCUGGCUCUCUCUUCCCACAAAAUCUAAAGCAGUGUUCUCAAAGGCUAAUUACUUGUUUGGGGAAUCAUAUUAAAUUAAUUUUAGGGGGGUUGGGGAGGCCCAAAUGUUCUGGAAUGCUAUACUGGCUUAAAGGUGGGGAAAAAAUAACCCCACCUUUAUGGCUCUGAGACUUGACAGAUCCUCUUCUGGAGUGGACACGAGUCUGCUCUCUACAGAAAUGCAGAUGUUGCAUAUCCAGCCAACCUUGUGCCCACCCAAACUGUCGGGGAUCAUGCUUCCCUAGCCAAUUCAAGGCACCAGUCCGAGCUUGUCCACAGCGCUGGGGAACAGCACUCUCAGUCUCAUAAGGAAGGCUCCAGGGGGUCCUUCUCUUCUGUCCUUCUCACUUGUCCUGGAGAAUGGACUCCACCUUUCCCCUUCAGAGGUUUUGGUUUGGUUCCCCAUGUAGAGAGUGGGGAGAGCAGCUCAGCAUGGAGAUGUCGUAUUAGGGUACGGCAGGCCAGGUUUUCAGAGUCGUCAUCCUGCAUCGGAAAAAGAAGGUGUUAAGUCAAGUAAAAAUGAUAUCUUCUUUCUCAGAGCCCUGGAAUGAGCAGUAAUCACAGGGUCAGGGUUCUAGUGUCCCCUCUACCCCUGCAUAGUGUGUGACCUUGGACAAUUCACUUAGCACCCUCAAACCUCAAUGUACCCAUCUGAAAAAUGGAAAUGAUAACACUUGCCUUUUCUAUCCCACAGUGACAUGGGGAGGGGCCCAAAGUACAAUGUUACAUAAACAGUCGACUGCA